AUGAAUACGUUAUCCGAUCUUGACCAUUGGCUUCACAUGAGUACUUCAGCUAGUAGUUGGAGUUUCUUGAUCAGACGAACACCUCGACGCAAGCUGGUCUAUUCGUCAAGCGAUGAAGACGUAGAUAAUAGUCCACAAUUGAUAUCUUCAGAUAACCUCCGGCAAGAAUAUCAAGAUGAACACUUGUCAAUUCGAUCUGGAUCAACAGAUAUUGUCACAAGCAGACCAACACGUUCAAAAUUGGAACAUUACGGAUUUAAACAAGUUGCACGUCCUACAUCACUGCGUAGCAAUAAACGACAAACGCUAAUUAAAGAAAAUAAAAGCAAAAAGAUUCGUCCAAAUGAAUUAACUCCAAAAGAGAAUAGUUCAUCUCGUCAUCCAAUGCAGACACGAUCUCAAUCUACUUCGGAUUCGCAUUCCGAACAGUUGAUAACUCUCUUCGACAAAACUCUCUCAACAGUGACACCAGAUCGAGAUGAAAAUUGUCUCAGUGGAAAUCGACAACGACGCUUACGACCACUUCCACUUUGUCUAUCUGAAAACGAAAGAAAUAUGCCAGUGUUAACGGUUAUUACAGCUGAAGAAAAUUCCAAUCUGAAUAAACGUCUUCAUGACGAUGAUGAUGACGAUGAAAACAGUGAAAAUUGUCGAUCGAUGAAACGCACAAAAGUUAUUAAUGAGUCGAAUAAAGAAAAUGAAUUGAUUAUCAAUCGUCCAUCAGCUGUAAAACGUUCACGUCGUGGAAUUGGAUUAAUUCGAAGCUUGACUGAACCCAACGAAGAACAAAUCAAAGCAUCAGUUGAACUCGCAUCCAAUCGUGAAUUAAUUGGUGAUCGUUCCAAUACAUACUGUUUACCACGUUGCAAGAGUCGUAAACAUCCUGAUCUCGCUUGUAUUAGUCCUGAAACAAUGGUGAAUGUUUUGAAUAAUAUGUAUUCAUCAGAAAUUGAAAAUUUGUACGUUGUUGACUGUCGGUACCCAUAUGAAUAUGAGGGUGGACAUAUCCAAUCAGCGAAGAAUCUUUUUACACGUACGCAAGUCUAUAAUGAAUUUUUUCGCAAUCCAAUUCAAUUGAAAGAUCCAUCGAAAAGAAAUAUCAUUGUUUUUCAUUGUGAAUUCUCAUCGGAACGUGCACCAUCACUUUUAAGAUAUUUUCGAUCGGAAGAUCGCACUAUUCAUGAACGAUCAUAUCCGGAAUUGCACUAUCCAGAAAUUUACCUCCUCGAUGGUGGUUACAAAGCAUUCUAUGAACACUCGAAAGAAUUUUGCUUCCCGAAUCAAUAUCGAACGAUGGUCGAUAGUGAUUUUCACGAAGAAUAUCGGCGAUAUCGUUUGGAAACGAAACAAUAUGAUAAAUUUACAGGUACAAAUGAGAGAACUGGUGGCGGACGACGAACACGUAUCUCAACAUUUCGUUCAUGUCUUUCAUUUUCUUCUCAACCUGUUCAAUAUCGUUCGACAAAUAUUCGCUAUGAUCUUCGCUACACAGGUUCACCUCCUCAAUCAUAG